AUGCGUUUCUUCACCAGGAAAAAGUCCUCGGAUGAUCCUAUCGUCAGCGACGGUGGCAGCUUUGAAAGCAGAACCUUGGACAGGACCGAAGGUACUUUGGAGAAGCACGAAGAGAGGGUUGAUGUGAACUCUUCGGAUAACUCAGGCACCAGGGCUGAUCUGGAUAAAGAGCCAUCUGAUCUUGAGGACCAGAUGGAGUUCGAAGAGUCAAACCCGUUCUUGGACCCUUUCAUCGCCGAGCAUUACCGCCAGAAGUACGAAGCAUGCAACUACGAAUGUCGUGAGGCGUUCGACCCACAUCUCCAAUGGACCCGCAAGGAAGACAAGAAGGUGAUGCGUAAGGUCGACAAAAGGGCCAUUUUGAGUGCUUGUAUCAUGUUCUUUGCGUUGCAGGUCAACAGAGGUAACUUGCACGAGGCUGUUGCUGAUAACCUUUUGGACGACUUGAACAUGGACACCAACGACUAUAACUUGGGUAACACGCUUAACUUGGUGGCUUUCUUGUGUGCUGAGCUUCCAUCGCAGAUUAUCUCCAAGGCAAUUGGGCCAGAUAUCUGGAUUCCUAUUCAGAUCUGUUGCUGGUGUGCUGUUUCGACUUGUCAGGGUGCCUUGCAAGACAAGACUGGCUUCUUGAUUUGCAGAGUGUUGAUUGGUCUUUUCCAGGGUGGUUUUAUCCCAGAUAUGGUUCUUUGGCUUUCGUACUUUUAUAAAUCAGGCGAGUUGCCGCUUCGUUUAUGGGGUUUCUGGACGGCGUUGGCGCUUACCCAGACCAUCACGUCUGUGUUGGCAUACUUCAUUCUUAGAAUGAGAGGCGUGGGUGGAUUGACAGGAUGGCAGUGGCUUUUCAUCAUUGAAGGAUCUUUCACCUUCCUUAUUGGUGUUGCGUCGUUUUAUCUUAUGGUUCCUUCUGUGGUUCAAACCAGAAACAAGUUACAUCCAAAAGGCUGGUUCACCGAACGUGAAGAAAAGAUUGUCGUGAACAGAAUCCUUAGAGACGACCCUAACAAGGGCGGUAUGAAUAACAGACAAGCGCUUUCCUUCAAGGCUAUCCGUGGAGCUAUUAUGGAUUAUAACUUGUGGCCGAUUUUUGCCAUUGGUCUUUUGGCGUACAUUCCCAUGCUGACAGUGCAACCAUACAUGGUGUUGGCAAUGAAAGACCUUGGAUUCAGUACACUUGACGUUAAUUUGUUGACGAUUCCGCUGCAUAUUCUUCAGAUCAUUUUCAUGCUUGCAGUGACUCUCUUUUCAGAGAAGAUCGACGAAAGAGGCUUCACUUGUCUUUCGCUACCUAUAGUGACCAUUCCCUUCUUGGCUGCUAUGAGAUGGUGGCCUGGAACAAUGGAGGACGCCUGGUUGACAUGGUUCUUCGUCACCAUGGUGCUUUCGGCUCCGUACAUCCACGCCAUGUGUGUGGCUUGGGUUUCCAGAAACUCCAACUCCAUCGAAUCUCGUUCCGUGUGUUCGGCCUUGUAUAACAUGUUCGUCCAGGCAGGCAGUAUUAUCGCCUAUAAUAUUUACCGUGAGGACGAUUUGCCAAAGUACCGCCGUGGUAACGAGCAGCUUUUCGGGAUCAUGAUUGGUUUGCUUCCUGUGAUAUUAUUUGCCAAAGGCUUCUAUGUGUGGAAAAACAAGAAGCGUGAUGAAGUGUGGGAUACCAUGACAGACGACGAGAAACAGACAUAUAUUGCCGAAACCACGGACCGUGGUAACAAGCGUCUUGAUUUCAGAUUCGACCAUUAG